UAUAUUUUGAUAAUGGUUUAUGGACUAAUCUUGAUUCUUGAAAUAUGUGAAAAGAAGGAAGAGACCACAGUUAAAUUCAGAACCUAGUUUGCAACAUUUUAUCAUUAACUGGUUAAUAAUGUAUGGUUUAAGGUUGUGUGGUUAUCAAGAAGGCAUAUAUCAUAUAAAGAGCCUUAUCCUCUAAACUUAAUGAUAAGUUUGGUUGGUGUUGUGAGGAGAGAAGAAAGAAAAUGGAUGGGCUUAGCCAUAUCGGUCUCCCUGUUCUGGGAAUACUCGCAGUCUCCGUUGUCACGUUCUACGCCGUCAGCUUCGCUGAGAUCAGAGAGAAAUCGUUUAAAGAUUUGUACGACUCGGAGAAUGGAGAGGGAGCAGGGUUCAAGACUUCACUAAGUUCCAGAGAGAGGAGAUUGAAAAGAGAAGCAAAUAAAAAACGUCCUCGUUCUUGAAACCCAGGGUGAUGGAUGGUUGAUGAUUCGUGGUUUUUUUUUUUUUUUUUGCAUAAGGAUUUGAUGAUUCGUGUUCCAUAACGUAAGCAUGAUGUUCUUUAGUAGAUGUUCUAUAAUCACAAUUCUCUGUUUCUGCAGUGGUCUAUGUAUUUCGUUUUCAAGUUCGAGUGCACUAAAUUCCAUUUGAGUCAUUCUGGUCCGUGGGUUGGUUAGCCGCGUACCGAACCAUAUAGUCCAGUCUCUGGCCGUCGCUAGUUUAGGCCAUUAACCACAAGUUCAUGUAGCUGCAAGCCUGCAAAGUCACUAUCUCAGAAACUGUUUUUGACUUUUAAAAACAAUAUCUAUUUAUGUCUCUGUAUCUUUGGUUUGUUCAGAUCACAUUCACAGUCUUAUUGUUGUUGUUUAUUCAUUCCA